AUGGCCAAUAAUUCUUCUUGGUUGCCGUUUCUGAUCUUAUGGAAUCUAUUGAAUGAGACAGAAAAUCAUGAACCACUGAAAGGUUUUAAGUAUGCUUCCUAUGAGGUGACCAUCCCAAGGAAAUUGAUGCCAAAACAUGGACAAGAUGAAACCACAGAAGUCACCUAUCACUGGCGCAUUGAGGGGAAGGGCUACAUAGUAAACCUGAGACAGAAGAGGGGUUUUGUGCCUAAGAAUUUUCCAGUCUUAACCUACACAAAACAUGGGGAUUUCCAGGUGGACUAUCCAUUUAUAAGACGUGACUGUUUCUACCAGGGUUAUGUGGAGGGCAACAUCCCCUCUCAGGUCACCCUCAGUGCUUGCUCAGGGGGGUUUCGGGGGCUCUUUCAAUUUGACAAUAAGACCUAUGAAACUGAACCUGUCCAGGCCUCUCCUACCUUUGAACAUGUGGUGUUUCGUUUGGAAGAGAAAGAAAAUGCUGUCCGUAUGAAGUGUGGACUAACAGAGGAAAUGCAAAAACACCUAGAGAUCAUGAUGCAAAAUAUAGAGAAUGGAGUUGCCAAAAGUGCUUCCUGGUGGUCACACACUAGGUAUGUGAAGGCAGCCAUUGUGGUGGAACAUGAACGCUAUGUGCAGUUUGACAGAAAUGAAACUCUUGUGGCUCUACAAGUCCUGGAUAUUUUUCAUGUAGCAAAUUCACUUUAUGAACCACUUUCUGUUCAAUUGUCUAUAGCUGGACUGGAAAUCUGGUCAGAAAGGAAUCUUAUACAGAUUUCCAAUAAUAUGGGGAAAAUACUUGAUGCUUUCCAAGGUUGGCGGAAAGAUUCACUAAAUAAACGUCUCGAGAAUGAUGUUGCCCACUUACUCGUUUAUAAACAUUUUGGAACUGUGCUUGGAUUAGCAUUUCUAGGAACAAUUUGCAAUAGGAACUGGGCAUCUGCUGUUGUGUCCUAUACAUCUCCCAGGUUGCUAUUUAUUUCUAAUACCUUUGCCCAUGAGUUAGGACAUAAUCUUGGCAUGAGACACGAUGAACAAUACUGUUACUGUGAACAAAGUGAUUGUAUUAUGGCUGCAUAUUACACAAGCAAUGAUAAGUUUAGCAAUUGCAGUUAUAGUGACUAUUUUAGAGUUAGGAACUAUGAUUGUUUGUUAAUUCCCCCAGAUCUUGAUAACAUAUACAAACUGGGAUAUUGUGGAAACAAAGUUGUGGAAAAUGGAGAACAAUGUGACUGUGGCUCAGAAGCCCAAUGUGAGUUAGAUCCAUGUUGCCAGUCUAAUUGUAUGUUUCGUGCCAGGGCCACUUGUGCUUUUGGAAAGUGCUGUUCUAAAUGUCAGUAUCUUCCUGCACAGUCUCUUUGCAGAAAGGAGACUGGUAUUUGUGAUCUUCCUGAGUAUUGCAAUGGGACCUCAGAGUUAUGUCCUAAAGAUGUUCAUGUACAAGAUGGUGCCUCCUGUGCAGAUGGAGCAUACUGCUAUCUUGGGAACUGUACUACGAACAAUAUACAAUGCAAAAUGAUAUUUGGCAAGAAAGCAGUAACUGCCUCUAAGAGUUGUUUCAGAAAUAUAAAUGCUCAAGGUGAUCGUUUUGGCAACUGUGGUCUCAAACACGGGAUGUACAGGAAAUGUACACCGGAGCAUAGCCAAUGUGGUCGCAUCCUGUGUGAAAAUAUUCAUCAGUUGCCUUUUUUGGAGGAACACAAUACCUUAAUCCAGAUGGUUGUUGGUGAUAAGGAAUGCUGGAGUACAGACUACCACAGUGGAAUGGAAAGAUCAGAUAUGGGAGCUGUGAGAGAUGGCACUCCUUGCGGCACAGAUAUGAUGUGUAUUGAUGGGAAAUGUGUGAGUGUCUCACUCCUGAAAUAUGACUGUAAUGUCACCAAGUGUCAUAAUCGGGGAAUAUGCAACAGUCUCAAAAAUUGUCAUUGUGAUUACGGCUGGGCUCCUCCCGAAUGUUUAAAUGAUGGUCAUGGAGGUAGUAUUGACAGUGGUCCCCCUCCGUGGAAAGUGCAUGUCAACAUUGCAGGAUCAGCUGCGGGAGGCGUGCUCCUAAUUUCCCUUAUUGCUGUUACUGCUUGUCUUGCCCUGUUGCUUGGUCUCAUCUACCUGUUUAGAAGGUGGCGGGCAAGACAGAAACCCACAGAAUCACCACAGUUAGACACCCCACAGACCAGAGAUGAAUGGUUGAAUGAAAGGACUGGAGGAGAAAUUAUGGACCUCAUCACACUGAGGCCAAUAAGCCAGGUGGCAUCAGAGGAAUUUGCCAUGUUGUGUACUGGCAUCCGGCAGGCUCCGUCAAGGAAGCAUCCCAACAGCAUGCUAAAAUGCUUAAAAGUCUCCAUGUGA